AUGAACUCGACGAAACUUUUCAUUCUCGCGAUUCUCUUGUUGGCUGGAGUCGCCUUUGUCAGCCAAGUUGACGCCCAGUAUGCAUAUUAUUAUCCCAACUACUACAGCGGCUACAGCUAUUACCCGUACUCGUAUGGCUAUUAUUACCCAUACAACUACUACAGCUACUAUGGAAAACGUGAGGUGAACUGGAACGAGGCGCCUGGACAUCAACAACAACAACAACAGAUCCCAUCCCCCUCACGGGCAACACUAGGGGGCAACACUAUAGGAAAUGCUUAC